CGCACGCUAGUGACGACGUCGCAAUGCAGGCCUGAGACCGGGCUGAGGGGAGCGUCGUCCGCUCGGAGAGAAUCAGAUCCUUCAGAAUGGUGGGUGCACAGGAACUGGAGGUACAGGCAUCUUCUAUACAACAACCCCUUGUGCAACCUGCAGAAGCUAGUAGCCAUCAAUAUGAGUGCCUGGAGUGUGGGAAAGUCUUUAAAUGGUCUUCAAGAUUAAUACACCACCAAAGAACCCACACUGGAGAACGUCCUUAUAAAUGCUCAGACUGUCCAAAAGCUUUUAAAGGCUCCUCAGCCCUCCUUUAUCACCAGAGAAGCCAUACUGGAGAAAGGCCUUACAAGUGUGAAGACUGUGGUAAAGCUUUUAAGCGCUCCUCUCUUCUGCAGAUCCACCAGAGUGUGCACACUGGAUAUCGCUCAUUCAAAUGCAGUGUGUGCGGAAUGGCAUUCAAGUGGUCCUCCCAUUACCAGUACCACAUGAGACAACAUACAGGAGAGCGACCUUAUAAAUGCAACAUCUGCGACAAAGCAUUUAAGAAUUCCUCCAGUUUGAGGCGGCACAGAAACAUCCACACGGGAGAGCGUCCUUAUGUGUGUACGGUGUGUGGCAAAGCAUUUACGCAGUCCACCAACUUAAAGCAACAUGAGCGGAUCCACACGGGUGAACGGCCUUACAAGUGCACUGAAUGUGGUAAAUCCUUCACCCACUCGUCCAACUUGCUUCUUCACCAGCGUACACACAACAGCGGGGCCACACACAAAUGCGACUUGUGUGGAAAAGUGUUUAUUUCAGACACUUUCCUGCAGAAGCACCUGCAAACUCACACAAUCGAACAGACGUUUGUACAAGCAGAAGCUGAACUGUUCCUGACUACCACCAGCGAAAUCGAGACGGUGGAGAUGCUUUAUAAGUGUGGCACUUGUGACUUGACCUUCAAGGAUGAGGAGAUGCUUCUUGAACACCAGCAGAGCCAUGUCGAGGAGCAGAGCUAUUCUUGUACGUUAUGCGAUAAGACUUUUAAAAAUGCCUCAGGGUUGUCCCGCCACCAAUAUACACACUCUAACGAAAGGCCUUAUAAAUGCUCCAUCUGUGAAAAGACAUUUGUGCAGCUCUCCAACCUCUUGAUGCACCAGAGAACUCACACGGAAGAACAACAGCUCAUCCAGACAGAGGCAGAGGUGACCUGCCCACAGACCAUUGAAAUCAUUCCUCCCUUUACCACCGCCACCCCUGCUGAGACCGUCGAACGGCCGUACAAAUGUACAGACUGUAAUAAAGCCUUCAAAGGCUCCUCGGGGCUGCGGUACCACAUGAGGGACCAUACUGGAGAGCGCCCUUACAAGUGUUCAGAGUGCGGAAAAGCUUUCAAGCGCUCUUCCCUUUUGUCUAUACACCAGAGGGUUCACACGGGCGUCAGGGCGUUCAAGUGUGCGGAGUGCGGCCUUACAUUUAAGUGGUCCUCACAUUAUCAGUACCAUUUACGGCUCCAUACAGGGGAAAGGCCUUACAGUUGUACGGAGUGCGGAAAGUCCUUUAAAAACACUUCUUGCCUACGUCGCCAUAGGCAGCUCCACACAGGGGAACGCCCAUUUGCCUGCGUUAUGUGUGGCAAGACCUUCACGCAGACUUCCAAUCUACGUCAGCAUGAGCGGACCCACACGGGUGAAAAGCCUUACAAAUGUGAAAAAUGUGACAAAACAUUUACGCACUCUUCGAAUUUGCAGUUGCAUCAACGCACACACUCCAGCGAUCGACCUUACAGGUGCACCAUUUGCGGCAAAGGUUUUGUCAUGUCUUCUUAUCUUCAGAGACAUCUGCGCACCCAUUCCAUAAACAGCGGCGGAGAUGGUGACUCUUCCGCACAAAGUCUAGCUCCUCAAAACGGGCAAGCUGUGCCGGCUAGUCAAAAAGUACAACUUAUGCCCGACACACCAACUACGCUAAAUCUUGAAGUCUGCAACCAACCCAGUACCUUAAAUUCGCAAACCUUUUUCCUGGUACAAGUCCCACAACAAAACACUCCUAAGUUUAUACUUGUGCCUUCUUCACAACUUUUUCAGCCUCAGCAGAAGGUUCCUGUAGCGCCCAGUACUUCGAACCUGGUUACAAUACAAAGCAAUGCUAGUCAAAGAGCUCCACAGAAUAAGGUUUUGCGAAAGAAGCCCAAGGCUAAAGCUUCUAAUGCGGUUACUAAUUUUACUAGUCCUAAUAAAAACAUUCUUAUUAUGCCCAACACAAGCCAAACAAUUCCUAACCUGCAGCCUCUUCAAAUACAGACUAUUCAAGGCUUUCCCCGAGCUCAGACACUACCCAUGGGUCAAAAUAUAAUCGUCUUACAGAAUGUGACGGAUCGAAAUCAUCUGCAGCUACCGACAAUGCAUAUGAAUGCUAUUCCAUCUGCACCGAAGACUGCAAACAUACAGAUCCAACAAUUACCCAGUACACAAGAUAUAACUAUUCAAAGCUUGCCUGGUGCUCAGGAAGUGUCCAAUAUUCAAAUGAAAGCAGGGGAACUGCCUGGUAUUCAAACUGUAUCAAGCUCUCAAAACAUUGCUAAUAUGCAUAUCCACCAAGAACUAUCGAAUGUGCACCUUCAAACAAGUCCAAACACAACUCAUCUUUCAGAUAUUCACAUUCAAUCCCUUCCAGAGCCACAGAGCGUCUCUAGUUUGCAAGAAAGUCAGAACUUGAUCGUUGUACAGAAUUCUCCAGGAGAGGAACUCCUAAGCUCUGAGAGCGUAGAAAACUUGCAGUCAAUGGAGGAAGUUCAGGAUGUCCACUUUGAAACCCUUCAGACGGAAGAAGGUUUGCAGAACGUCCUCAUCUUGCAAAACGCGGAUGGGGAGCAGACAAGGUUGUGUGUGCAGGGAGUGGAAAAUAUUCAGGGCAUACAAGAUGUUUCUAAUGUCCAAAUCCAAGCUAUGUCUAAUAUACAAGAACCUGGUGCCACAGCUCCAGAAUGUCAAAAGCUCUUUAUUAUCCAGAGUUCUCAAGGAGAACAGACGCUUCAAAUGGUGGAUAACUUCCAAAACGAUCCGAAUCUGCACAUGGUUGAAAAUCUCCAAGGUUUGCAGGCCGGGCAGAACCAGCUUCAACUGUUACCUAGCAUUCAGAGCCACAACACCGUCCAGCUACCACAGAACAUGCAGCUGAGGACCGUACCGGCCAACCAAGGCCUACAAACUGUUCAAAAGUUUCAGGGUCUCCAGAAUGUACAAGCGGUGGGUGCCGGGAAUCAGAACGUUCAGACAAUCCAGCUAGUCCAAAAGAAUUCUGGUCAGGGAUUACAGCAUGUAUUGCCAUUAAUUCAGAUUGUCCAGGCCGCCCCAAAAGUACAGCUUGUCCAUACAUUUUAAUAUAGAAAUACGGCAGUGCCUAUUCUUCCUGGUAUUCUGAAG